AAAUGAGAAUAGCAAUAUUAUUGGUAUUGAUUGUGAUAUCAGUUACUACAGAAACUCAUCUAACAGCAAUUAAGUAAUUAAGAGAAGUAAUAUAUAUAUUAAAUAUAUUCCAGAAAACAAGAAUCACUCCUUUUAGCGAUUAUUUUUAUGGGAUGCUUGAAUUACAUUAAUCAAGCAAAUUAGGUGAAGUAGUAUCAAUAGUUUAAUCGAUGUUAGAUAAAUUAAUUGCUGCAUCUGGUGCUAAUGAAGCUGAACAUUCUGCUGUAAGAGUAUAUAUGUAAUUAUUUAGUAACAAGCUAAUUAUGAAUAAUAAAUUACUAAAUUGGAGAAUACUUUAGAAACUACAGAAAGUGAAUUGAGCUCAGUAAAUCAAUAAAUAAAUGAUUUAACAACUGAUCUAUCAUCACUAACUCAAUCAUUGAGUUUUUAAGGAUAAUAACUUUUAUUGUUAUCAAAUUAAAUUACUUAAUUGAGUGAUAAUCAUUAAUAAGAAGUUAGAGCAGCAGAAGAAAAAUUGAACAAUAACUCAAGAUAUUUAGCAGCAGUUAAGGAAGUAUUAAGAUUUUUAACAGACACACUUUUGGGAAAUGUUAGUUUGAUUGAAAGAGAGAGAGCUAUUGAAGUUGCUAAAAAAAGUUUAGGAGAUAAACAUCCUAUUUCUAUAAUGAUUUAAAUGACUUCAUAAUAUGAUGAUAAUACUAUAAGAAGAGUAAUUACUAAAUUAGAAGGGAUUGCAGAAAAUGUUUAAGAUAGAUUAGAUGCUAUAAAUACAUCAUCAACAAAUUCAGAGUAAUAAUAUCAAACUUUGAGAAGUUAAUUUGAAACUACUUAUAGCAAUUUAGAUAAAGAUAAAUAAUUCAAUUAAAGAUAAGCUACUGCAAAAGAUAAUGAUUUAGUAUAUAUAUAUUAAUAUUAUUUAAUAGGCCUCAGCUAAAAGAAGAUAAUCAGAAUUAUAAGAACUUAUUUAAACAUCAAAAGAAUUACUUGAUUAAACUAGAAUUGCAUAAGAUAAUGAGAAUACUAGUUAUACUAGCAAAAGAUCUCACAUAUCUGAAGAAAUUAGCAUUGUAUAAAGUGCUUUAGAUUUAUUAUCAUAAUUACCAGCUUAAUGAUAUGAAUGAGAAU